GAUAUUUCUAUCUACAGAAAGCAGCUUCAUAUAGCUCACUUUAAAAGAUGCGGAGACGGUACCACAAGAAGAGAAAGCCAAAGUCUCGCCAGAGUACUCCAGAUAGUUCCCACACCGAGGAAAAUCACAGUGAUUGUCGCAGCUCUCUUUCUAGUCGCGAAACAGAUCUUUCCUCCGACUCAUCUCUCCCGAUCUCAGCCCAGACAGUCUCCGCUCCGACUCGCCGAUUCCUCCCGCACGAAGUAUACCCAGAUCACUUCACUUUGAGCGACAUCGAGGUUCCAGUAGGCAACCUGGUCUUUCUCGCAUGCCCAGGCUCGGAAAAAAAGUGCCCCCAUUGUAAUCGCCAUAUCCGUCAUCUUGACUGUAUCGUGAUUGCAAUUGACGGUGCGUGUCGCAAUAAUGGCAGUGACGGAGCCCGGGCGUCAACUGGGGCGUAUUACGGCCAUGACCAUCCAUUGAAUGAAAGUGCCACUCUUUCGCCAAAACCCAAGCAGACAAGCCAGGUCGCCGAGCUCGCAGCUUGUCAGAGAGCUCUGCUUGCUGCGCACGUCAUGCAAAACUACUGGGACAAAUUUAGCGAAAUGACAGGAGAUGAAGAAGGAAUCGGACUCGGAGUUUUGGUACGCGGAAUGACCGAAUGGAUCUUCAAAUGGAAGGCCAAUGGUUGGACUACUGCAAAGGGCUUGCCUCGGUAUGUGAAGGUUCUCGAGGAUGAGCAGGUCAUUGUCCAGUUCUGGCAUGUUCCGAGAGAAUACAACCAGGAGGCGGAUAAGCUGGCGACACCUGCUCUGACUGACGAUUAA